AACGGCAAUCAUAGUAGUCCUGGAGAUAGUGGUGCUCAGCCUCAAGGUCACACGCAGUACGAUUCGACGGAGGCCGAGAACUUUGGUAUGACGUAGCCGGCUUCCAAUCAGCUGAGGUUCAAGAGGACAAUAUAAAGACACAAUCUCAGAACAUGAAAUCGCUCGCAACCAAGAGGUGGAAUGAUUUAAGAAGUGGUUUGGAGAAUAAUGUCUCAGCUACCUCCGAUCUAUGUUCUAACAUGAGGUUACGAUUCACCAACUGCAUGAGAUCUGGUGACGAAGAAGGUCCAAGGGCGACCGCACAUAGAAGACGGUGCUUAGUCAGUGAUUAGUCAUCAUAUAUGUGCUCCACCAGUUCAGCCUAGCCCAAUGGCAGUUACAACAGACAGCUGGUCUCGUGCAAAUCGAAAUACUGACAUCAGAGGUUGUCGACACGAUUUAGCCAUUAUCAUAUCUCAGAAAUGGUAUCACUUAAGCAAUUGCUCGCUCUGGCUGCUUGCAGCGCAGUAGCACUGGCGCAGAGCGCUGCGGACGUUAAGGACCCUGAUGCGAAAGCUCCCUCGGUGAAGAUUGACGUGACAACCACAUUCCCCGACGCCGAAGUCUUUGGAAUCAAAUUGGUCAAUGGACGACCCACCCGCGCGCUGUUCCAAGUCGUCAACAAUGAGCCCGAACCCAUCGUCGUUCUGGUCGCCACUGGUACCCUCCUCACCACCGAAGGCGCAUUGGGCGCGCCGAACCCGCCAGAGAUUCUGCGCAACUUGACCGUGACCAAAUACUCCACUGUCAUUCCUCCCAAGAGCACCGAGACUGUCCAAUACUCAUUCUCGGAGAUCAUGAACCCUCGAGAUGUCACGCUCGAUCUGAAGCUGUUGGUUCAGGCGCGCGAGAGCAUUUUCACCCUCGGCGUCUACAAGGAAAGCGUCUCGGUGGUCGAGGCACCCUUUUCAAUCUUGGACCCGCAAGUAAUCUUCCUCUACCUCAUCCUCGCCGGUGUUUUCGGCGGUACCGUCUACGCCAUCUACAACAUCUGGAUCAAGGACCUGCUCCCACAGAAGAAGCGCGGUGGCAAGGGUGGUGAGCGGGCCAAGCGCUCCACCACUGGACAAAAGCCGGUGGACCCGAAAGACCAAGUCGCUGUGGAGGGCGCUGACGGACCGGCCGUGACGACCGGCUCCAAAGGCUACGAUGAGAGCUGGAUUCCGGAGGGACACCUGAGCAAGCCCGCCGGCAAGCGUGCUGGUGGAGGCAAAACGAAAAGCAAAGCGACUUAG